AUGUCGCCUCAGAACGGUGAUGUCGUCCGUGAAAAUGCUAUCUGUACUCGCCCUUUAAUCGUCGCCACGGCAAACAUUAGAGUCUCGAUCCCCGUCUCAACCCAGACGGACGAGUGGAUCGCCGCUGAAGUUCUGAGAGAUGAUUUCGUCCAGUCGCGGAAGCAGUCAGAUGCAGUCGAUAGCACCGCUGAGCUAGAGAAUGCUCAGGAGGCUUUGAUCGAGCUUCAUGCUCGCUUCCUUGCCUUCGUCGCGCAAAACGCUACCGCUGACGCGAAAUGCGUCAAACCUCGCAUCGCCCUCCUUCGCAACAUCUUCUGCCACUUCGUCGACACCUACCUCUUCGACAAGGAUCUCUAUACCUUUGUCAGCUCUUUCGAUACCGAAGUUCGAGCUGCCGUCCUUUCCUCCUUCCAUCUUGCUCGCCACGCUCUCGAACAGAACAAUGUAUCCGACAUCCCUAACGCACCUCCCUCCAAACUCUUGACGGCAGCUUCUGAAGGCAACGCCUCCAUCUACGCCAUUUUCGGCGGUCAAGGCACCAACGAAGUCUACUUCGACGAACUUCAAGCACUCUACGACACCUAUAGACCUUAUGUUUUCGGCUUAAUCUCCGCAAUGACGAACGAGAUCCUCGUUCCUCUCGUUGCUGAACGCGAGGCCACUGGCUUCUACACCUACGGCAUGAACGUUCUGGGAUGGCUUUCGGGUGCCAUCGCUCGGCCCUCUGUGGAAUACCUGGCUUCUAUCCCCGUCUCCCUGCCACUUAUCGGGCUUACCCAACUCAUCCAGUACUUGGUUGUCUGUCGUGUAUCUGGUCUCAGCCCUGGCGAGCUGCGCAAGUGCAUCGCAGGUGCCACUGGUCAUUCCCAAGGCGUGGUCUCAGCUGUCGCCAUCUCUGCGUCUUCGACGUACGAAUCUUACGACAUUAACGCCAAGAGGGCCCUCCGCUGGCUAUUUUUCUGCGGUCUCCGCGGUCAAGAAGCCUUCCCUGUCCUCGCCAUUGAACCCUCAAUCAUCCAGGACUCGAUUGAAGGGGGAGAGGGUCAGCCCACGCCUAUGUUGUCAAUCGCCGGUCUUUCUCUCUCCGAAGUGGAGCCGCAUAUUGCUAAGACCAAUAAGCAUCUUCCUGAGAACUCGCAACUGGGUGUCUCUCUUUACAAUGGCCCUCGUAACUUCGUGGUGACCGGUCCUCCCCGUGCGCUGUACGGCCUCGUGAUCAACCUGCGGAAAGUACGCGCACCCUCUGGCGAGGAUCAGAGCAAGAUUCCGUUCUCGCAGCGCAAGCCCGUGUUCACUGUCCGAUUCUUGGUGGUGAACGCACCUUACCAUAGCACAUACCUGACUUCGGCGACUGACAAGCUUUGCAACGAGGAUCUCGCUGGUGAGGAGUUAUGGAAGAGCGAGGAGCUUGCGAUACCCGUCUACAAUACCGAGGAUGGUUCCGAUAUGCGCAAGCUUUCCUCGUCCAUCGCACGGUCGCUCUGUGAUCAAAUCUUUACUUCGCCCAUUCACUGGAGUGCUGCUACUGGCUUCCCCGAAACCGCGACUCAUAUUGUCGACUUCGGCCCAGGAGGAGUGAAUGGCAUUGGGCCUCUUACUGCUCGCAACCUCGAUGGUCGGGGUGUUCGUGUUAUCACCCUAGGUGACAAGGGCCGUGGCGAAGGCGAACUUUUCGAUGUCAGCAACGUCAAGCGCGAGGUCUGGUGGAACAGCAAGUUCACACCUCGUCUCGUCAAGUCCAGCGAUGGAACUCUUCACCUCGAUACGCCCUUCUCUCGCCUCCUCGGGAAGCCUCCCAUCAUGGUCGCAGGCAUGACUCCGACCACUGUAAAGGCUGGCUUCGUCAGCGCCGUCCUUGCCGCAGGCUACCACAUUGAGCUCGCGGGUGGUGGGCACUAUAACCCGGCCGCCCUGCGGUCCAAGAUCGCUGAGAUCCAGUCCAAUAUUCCUGACGGCGUUGGUAUCACGCUGAACUCUCUCUACAUCAAUCCACGUCAAUUUGGCUUCCAAUUCCCGCUCUGGCAAGAGAUGCGUCGAGAGGGUCUUCCUGUUGAAGGCUUCUGCGUUGCCGCUGGGGUUCCCAGCACGGAGAAGGCAGCAGAGAUCAUCGCCGGCCUGCAAGCGGCCGGCAUCAAGCACGUCUCGUUCAAGCCCGGCUCUAUUGAUGGCAUCCGUCAAGUCGUGAACAUCGCCGCUGCCAACCCUGACUUCCCCAUCAUCAUGCAAUGGACCGGCGGUCGUGCGGGCGGUCACCACUCGUAUGAGGACUUCCAUAACCCUAUCUUGAAGACUUACAGCUCCAUCCGCCAACAUGCAAAUAUCUCCCUCGUUGGCGGCUCUGGCUUUGGUGGUGCUGAUGACAUUUGGCCGUACCUCACUGGUGAAUGGUCAUUUACGCUCUACGACGUUCAGCCUAUGCCUUUCGAUGGCUUCCUCUUCGCUAGCCGCGUUAUGGUAGCAAAGGAAGCUCACACUAGCUCGUCCGUCAAGGACCUCAUUGUAGCGGCGGCCGGUGUCGACGACAAAGACUGGGAGAGCACCUACGUCAAGCCUACCGGUGGCAUACUUACUGUGCGCUCCGAGCUCGGUGAACCCAUCCACAAGGUUGCAACUCGUGCCGUCAAGCUGUGGAAGGAGUUCGACGACACCGUCUUCAAGAUGCCUAAGGACAAGCGAGGCCCGUGGCUCGCUGAACGCAAGGCAGAAAUCAUCGAGAAACUCAACGCCAACUUUGCCAAACCUUGGUUCGGGUGGAAGAAGGAUGGAUCCGUCGCUCUCGAUCUCGGUGACAUGACCUAUGAAGAGGUCACCCUUCGUCUCAUUCGUUUGAUGUACGUUAGUCACGAGUCGAGGUGGAUCGACCGCAGCCUUCGUAACUUGACUGGUGACUGGCUGAGGCGCGUUGAAGAGCGGUUCGCUGGUGUUGACAACGGGACCAAGCCCAGUAUCAUCCAGAGCUUCUCUGAGCUCGACGAACCACACGGCUUCGUGGAGACUUUCUUCUCUACCUAUCCAGCUGCCAAGGAGCAGCUAAUGGCUGCUGAGGAUCGCGCGUUCUUCCUUGCGAUUUCUCAGCGCCCUGGCCAGAAGCCUGCUCCUUUCAUCCCGAUCCUCGACUCGAGCUUCGAAGUGUGGUUCAAGAAGGACUCCCUCUGGGCUGCCGAAGACAUUGAAGCAGUGUUCGACCAGGAUCCCCAACGUGUGUGCAUUCUCCAGGGCCCGGUGGCAGUCAAGCACUCCAUUGUCAAGGACGAGCCUAUCAAGGACAUGUUGGGCAACAUCACCUCCAACCUCAUCCAGAAGUUGCUGGAGCGUUCGUAUGGUGGUGACGUGGCCAAUGUCCCUACGAUUGACUACCUUGCCCCCGAGCCCGCAUCUGUGUCCAUCCCGGCUGGUGUGCAGCCGUCGAAGGCUGCGUCUGGCGUCGAGUUUGUCGUCGGUGAUAACGUUCCUGACACCAACGACUGGCUGAACUUCCUUUCUGGCUCCAAGCUGAACUGGCUUAAGGCGCUUUUGACUUCUGUCACCAUUGUCCAGGGCAAGGCCUACGUCGACAACCCUAUGCGUCGUGCUUUGGCCCCGCGCAAGGGCCAGCGUGUGGUCCUCGAGUUUGACGGUGAACUUCCUACGUCUUUGACUGCGUUCGGCGCCGCCAGAUCUCACGGCGUUCACAAGUCCGACUUCAAGGCUGUAGAGAUCAAGUACUCGCCAUCGACGCAGACAAUAGAUGCCAUCUUCAACGAGGAUCGCCAGAACAAGUCUGUGCCUCUUCACCUGCAGUUCCAAUACGUCCCUUCUACUGGGUCUACUCCUAUCCACGAGGCUGUCGAGGGACGCAACCACCGCAUCAAGGAGUUUUACUGGAAGCUCUGGUUCGGUAAUAACGAGACUCUUCCUGAAAUUGGCCUUCGCGAGACUUUUGUCGGUCCUCAGGUGACCAUCUCGGCCGAGGACGUGGAGACCUUCUGCUCCGUCGUGGGUAACCAGGGCGAACACUUCAAGAGUGUACGUUCUUCGUCCGUUAAGGCGCCCAUGGACUUUGCCAUCGUCACUGGUUGGCAGGCCAUCAUGAAGGCCAUCUUCCCCGCUAGCAUUGACGGGGACCUCCUGAAGCUUGUCCAUCUCUCGAACGGGUUCCGUGUCGUUAACGGUUCCAGGCCUUUGGUUGCUGGGGAUGUUUGCUAUGCCGACGCACGCAUUGCCUCUGUGAAGAACACCGACGCCGGCAAGAUGGUGCAGGCCAAAGGUCAUGUGUACCGUGACGGUCAGCCGGUCAUCGAAGUUGUUUCCUCAUUCCUCUACCGUGGCCGGUUUACCGACUUUGAAAACACUUUCGAUGUCAUCGAGGAACCCGACUAUGUUGUCGAAGUGGCCAGUGAUGCAUCUGUCGGUGUCAUUCAAUCGAAGGAAUGGUUCUCCUGGGCCGACGACACGGAGCCUUUGAAGGCGGACACCACUCUCGUCUUCCGCGUGAAGUCAGAAGUCACCUUCAAGGACAAGACUUCUUACCGCGAUGUCUCCGUGUCGGGCGACAUCUUCACCCGCGACCACCUCAAGCGCCUCCACAAGGUCGGUGCCGUAGAGUUUGAGCAGGAGGGAUGCAAGGGCAACCCUGUCAUCGCCUAUCUUCAGCGUCAUGGUGUCGCCGAGGGCCGCCUGACUCCUCUCACCAAUGAGGGUUACUCCAUGACCAGCUCAACCUCCACUGCCUUCGCCGCUCCUCUCACAAACGAGCCUUACUCGAAAGUUUCUGGCGAUUUCAACCCCAUCCACAUCAACCCCUACUUCUCUUCAUACGCCUCUCUUCCCGGCACCAUCACCCAUGGAAUGUGGUCAAGUGCAGCGACUCGCCGCUACGUUGAGAAUAUCGUCGCUCAAGGUAACCCUGACCGGGUCAUUGCCUACGACGUAUCUUUUGUGGGUAUGAUCCUCCCCGGAGAUGAGCUUCAAGUGAAGAUUCGUCACAUCGGGAUGCGCGACGGCCAUAUUGUCGUCAAGGUCGAGACCAUCAACCAGCGCGACGAGAAGGUCCUUGAGGGCACGGCCGAGGUUGCCCAACCCACCACUGUCUAUGUUUUCACUGGUCAGGGCUCGCAAGAACCUGGCAUGGGUAUGGACCUCUACAACAACUCCCCUGCUGCCCGUGCUGUCUGGGAGGGUGCGGAUGCUCACUUGCUUGCUGUCUAUGGGUUCUCUAUCGUCGAGAUUGUCAAGGACAACCCCAAACAGAAGACUAUCCACUUCGGCGGUUUCAAGGGACAGGCGAUCCGUCAGCGCUACAUGGACAUGACUUACGAUACCAUGGACAAGGACGGCAACGUCAAGACUCUUCCUCUAUUCGCCGACAUCGACGUCCGCUCUCCCAAGUAUACCUUUAGCCAUCCCAACGGUCUUCUCUUUGCAACCCAAUUCGCUCAGAUCGCUUUGGUCGUCACGGAGAAAGCAGCUUUCGAGGACAUGCGGGCGAAGGGUUUUGUUCAGAAGGACUGUGCUUUCGCUGGUCACUCCCUCGGUGAAUACUCUGCCCUUGCAUCCAUCGCCGAUGUAUUGCACAUCUCUGCUCUUGUCGACGUCGUCUUCUACCGUGGUAUCACUAUGCAGCGCGCUGUUGAGCGGGACUCGCAGAACCGAUCAAAUUACGCCAUGUGUGCAGUCAACCCGAGUCGAAUCUCCAAGACGUUCACGGACGCCGCUCUUCGAGAGGUCGUUGACACCAUCUCGACGCGAACGUCAACCCUGUUGGAGAUCGUCAACUACAACGUGGAGGGCCAACAAUAUGUCUGCGCUGGCGAGCUCCUCGCUCUGCAGACCCUGACCAACGUUCUGAACUAUCUGAAGCUGCAGAAGAUUGACAUUGCCAAGUUGACUGAGACAUACACUGUGGAGAAAGUGAAGGAGAUGCUCAGCGACAUUGUCAUGGAGUGCUUCGACCGUGCGAAGGCCCUGCAAGCGGCCUCGGGCUACAUUGUUCUUGAGCGUGGUUUCGCGACUAUCCCUCUGCCUGGCAUUGACGUGCCCUUCCACUCGCGAUAUCUGUGGGCAGGAGUCAUGCCGUUCCGUGCCUACCUCUCGAAGAAGAUCAAUGCGUCUCUCCUCAACCCUGACAUGUUGAUCGGCAAAUACAUCCCCAAUUUGGUCGCCAAGCCCUUCGAUGUUUCCAAGGAAUAUGCCGAGUUGAUCUACGACCAGACGUCCUCCCCGCGCCUUGACAAAGUUCUCAAGAAGUGGGAGGAAGAGAGCUGGGCCGCGCCGGAAAAUCGCCAGAAGCUCGCCUACAUUAUCUUAGUGGAGCUGCUUUCCUAUCAAUUCGCCUCUCCCGUUCGUUGGAUUGAAACGCAGGACCUGCUGUUCACUAACUUCAACUUCGAACGGCUCAUUGAGCUCGGUCCUUCGCCUACCCUCACAGGCAUGGCUUCUCGUACUCUCAAAGCUAAAUAUGAGGCCCAGGACGAUGCCAACAGCCGCAAGCGUUCAAUCCUUUGUCAUGCCAAGAAUGUUCGGGAGGUCUACUACCAAUUCGAGGACGAGGUCACCGAAGCUCCUGCUGCUGAGUCUGCAGGCCCUGCUCCCGCAGCUGCGGCGGCCCCUGCUGGUCCCGCACCCGUCGCUGCACCCGUUGCCGCACCCGCUGCCGCUGCCGCCGCCAUCGACGACGUUCCCAUCAAUGCUUCCGACAUCCUCGCUUUCGUCAUCGCGCAGAAGCUUAAGAAGAAAGUCGAGGAAGUUCCCCAGUCCAAAUCUAUCAAAGACCUUGUCGGCGGGAAGUCGACCCUCCAGAAUGAAAUUCUUGGUGACUUGCAGCUUGAGUUCUCGUCGGCGCCUGAAAAGGGUGAAGAGCUAUCAUUGGAGGAGCUUGGCUCAGCCUUGAGCGUGGGUCACUCGGGAAACUUGGGCAAAUACACUGCAGGGCUGAUCUCUCGUAUGGUUGGUGGCAAGAUGCCUGGUGGCUUCAAUGCGUCCACAAUCAAGGGCUAUCUAUCCAAGACUUGGGGUCUCGGUUCCUCCCGUGCGGAUGCUGUCCUGCUCAUGGGUACGACGCUCGAACCCGCCAAGCGCUUGUCCUCCGAGGCUGAAGCUAAGGCUUGGUUGGAUAGCGUUGUGGCCGCUUACGCGCAACGGGCGGGCAUUUCCCUCUCUAGCGGUGGUGCUGCCGGCGCAGGUGGAGGUGGCGGAGGAGGUGCUACUAUCAACAGCGAGGAGUUCCUCAAAUUCAAGUCUGAGCAAGAUCGCUUCGCGGAGCAGCACAUAGAGCUCUACAGCCGCUACUUGAACCGCGACUCGCGUGCCGGCGAAGUUGCCUUCGACAAGGAGAAGGCUACGUCUGCGCAACUCCAGGCUCGCCUUGAUGCUAUCGCCAAGGAGCACGGCGACACCUACAUUGAUGGCAUUCAGCCUGUAUUCAACCCGUUGAAGGCUCGUCAUUUCGACUCCGCCUGGAACUGGGUCCGCCAAGACGCCCUCCUCAUGUACUACGAUAUCAUUCAUGGCCGCCUGACGACUGUCGACCGAGAGCUCACCGCUCGUUGCAUCCAGUUGCUGAAUCGCGCAGACCCAGAACUACUUGCAUACAUGCAAUACAACAUCGACCGCUUAGAUCCCAGCAAGGGCGACACAUACGCUCUUACCAAGCAGUUUGGUCAGGAGCUCAUCGACAACACGAAGGAAGUCCUUGGGAAACCUCCCGUAUACAAGGACGUGACUUUCCCUACCGCUCCUCACACUGAGGUGACGGAGAAGGGCGACAUCGUGUAUACCGAAGUCGUCCGCGAGAACGUCCGAAAGCUCGAGGCUUACGUGGAGGAGAUGGCGAGCGGCGACAUGACACCCGCAGUCAACAUGCAGAAGAUCCAAGACGACGUCAUGAAACUCUGGACGGUCGUCAAGACUCAGCCUGGAAUUAGCGAUGACCAGAAAAACCGGAUCAAAGCCCUGUACGAAGGUGUCGUUCGCUCUCUACGAAAGAACCCAGAGCAGUCCCCCCGUCCUCGCCAACGUACUCGCCGCAAUUCAUCUCAGUUCCUCCGCCCCCAGAUCUCGUCGGUCGCACCAGUGUCUGCAGACAAGGUUCCCUUGCUGCACUUGAAGCGCAAGGUUGGUGCCAACUGGGAAUACAGUAGCAACUUGACGGGCGUCUACCUCGACAUUCUUCAUGAGAUUGCCACCUCUGGGACGACUUUCAAAGACAAGAAUGCGUUGCUGACCGGUGUCGGCAAAGGAUCCAUCGGCGUUGAGAUUCUCAAGGGUCUUUUGUCGGGAGGAGCCCACGUUGUUAUCACCACCUCCCGCUACAACCGAUCUACCGUGGAGUACUACCAGUCGAUCUAUCAGAGCUUUGGUGCUCGCGGCUCUGCCUUGACUGUUGUGCCAUUCAACCAAGGCUCCAAGCAGGAUGUCGAGGCCCUCGUUGACUACAUUUAUGGCACCCUCGGGCUCGAUCUCGACUACAUCCUGCCUUUCGCAGCUGUCCCCGAAAAUGGCCGCGAGAUUGAUGGUUUGGACGACAAGUCUGAGCUCGCCCACCGCAUCAUGUUGGUCAACCUUCUUCGCAUCCUGGGGGCCGUCAAGAACAAGAAGGCCUCUCAUCACUUCGUCACCCGGCCCACGCAAGUCAUCCUUCCUCUCUCCCCCAACCACGGCCUCUUCGGUAACGAUGGUCUUUACUCCGAGUCGAAGAUUUCGCUCGAGACCUUGUUCAACCGCUGGAACUCCGAAAGUUGGGGCGAAUACCUUUGCAUGGCAGGUGCUGUCAUUGGCUGGACCCGCGGCACUGGCUUAAUGUCGGCGACUAACACAGUUGCCCACGAGCUCGAGGGAUACGGUGUCCGUACCUUCUCUGCCAAGGAGAUGGCCUUCAACAUCCUGGGUCUCAUGCAUCCGCUGUUAUUCAGCAUCACACAAGUGGAGCCCAUCUGGGCAGAUCUCAACGGAGGUAUGGAUCGCCUGCCUGACCUCGCCGACAUCACGACUCGCAUCCGACUUGACUUGAACAAGAAGAGUGAGCUGCGUCGUUCAAUUGCUCGCGACAAUGCCCUCGACUUCAAAGUCAUCAAUGGGGUUGAGGGAGAAGCUGUUCUUCAGACUGUAAACGUUGUCCCUCGCGCGAACUUCAAGUUCGAUUUCCCCACGCUGGAGGAGGCGUCUUCAGUCGAGGACCUGAAGAAGCUCCAAGGCAUCAUCGAUCUAGAAAAGGUUGUUGUUGUUACUGGCUUUGCUGAAGUCGGGCCUUGGGGAAGCUCGCGCACACGAUGGGAGAUGGAGGCUCGAGGCGAAUUCACGAUCGAGGGCUGCAUCGAGAUGGCCUGGAUAAUGGGCUUCACCAAGUACUUCGACGGCCGUCUCAAGGAUGGCUCUCUUUACGUUGGAUGGGUUGAUGCGAAGUCUGGAGAGCCUAUCGACGACAAAGACGUUCGCGGACGUUACGAGAAGGAUAUCUUGGCUCAUGCAGGUGUUCGCCUCAUUGAGCCCGAGCUCUUCAACGGGUAUGACCCGAAGAAGAAAGUCUUCAACCAGGAGGUCGAGCUCAUCCAUGACCUUGAGCCCAUCGAGGUCGCUCAAUCCGAUGCUGAGAAGUUCAAACACGAGCACGGUGACAAGUGUGACAUCUGGGCCGGCGAGGGCGACCAAUGGUUCGUCAAGUUCAAGAAGGGCGCUCGCGUGUUCGUUCCCAAAGCGUUCAAGUUCAGUCGUCUCGUGGCUGGCCAAAUCCCUACUGGAUGGGACGCAGGGCGUUAUGGUAUCCCUGCCGACAUCAUCGCUCAAGUGGACCGCGCUACUUUGUGGGCCCUUGUGUGCACUGCGGAGGCUCUCAACAUGUCAGGCAUCACCGACCCCUACGAACUCUACCAACAUUUCCAUCCUUCCGACGUUGGCACAUGCAUCGGAAGUGGUAUGGGCGGUACGGAGAGUCUCGCGAAGAUGUUCAAGGACCGUCGGGAGGAGAAGGAGGUUCAAAACGACGUACUUCAGGAGACCUUCAUCAACACUACUGCCGGAUGGGUCAACCUGUUGCUCAUGUCGUCUAGCGGACCUGUCAAGAUCCCAGUUGGUGCUUGCGCCACUGCUUUGCAAUCCCUUGAGAUCGCUUGUGACACGGUCCUCUCUGGCAAAGCUAAGGUCAUGAUCGCUGGUGGAUUCGACGAUAUCAGCGAGGAGGGCUCCUACGAGUUCGCCAACAUGAAGGCAACCAGCAGCGCUGAGACCGAGUUUGCUAUGGGACGAGAACCCACUGAAAUGUCCCGCCCUGCCACGACGACUCGUGCCGGAUUCAUGGAGUCUCAGGGCACCGGAGUUCAUAUCGUGAUGAGCGCGAAGACAGCAAUCGACCUUGGUGCUCCUAUUCGCGGUAUUCUGGCGUUUACUUCUACCUCCACUGACAAGGCGGGCCGCUCGAUUCCCGCUCCCGGCCGUGGAGCUUUGACUGUCGCCCGUGAACUUCCUUCCAAGUACCCUCUUCCAACGCUUGAUCUCGGCUAUCGCUCGCGUCAAGUCGCUUUCCGCCGUCAGCAGAUUGGCCAGUGGCUUGCGAACGAGCAGGCGCAGCUGCGUGAGGAGCUUGAAGUCACGAAGGCUCAGGGUAACGCCGUGGACGAUGAGUACAUCUCAUCUCGUGUCUCCGACAUGGAGAAGGAGGCAGCCCAUCAGGAGAAGGAGGCACUCGCAACGUAUGGCAUGUUGGAAGGCGCUGAUGCCCGCGUCGCUCCGCUUCGUCGUGCUCUCGCUAUUUGGGGUCUUUCCGCUGAUGACAUUGGAGUCUUAUCCAUUCACGGAACCAGCACUGGUGCUAACGAGAAGAACGAGACGGAAAUCUGGCACAACAUUCUUUCAACCAUCUCUCGCACGCAUGGCAACGCUGUACCGGUCAUGGCUCAGAAGAGUUUGCUCGGUCACUCGAAGGGUGGUUCGGCAGCCUGGCAGAUGGCUGGCCUGAUUCAGUCCGUCAGCACCGGUAUCAUCCCUGGUAACCGGAACAGCGACAACAUCGACGCCCGCUUUGAGGCUCAUCACAUGCUCAUGUUCCCUUCGAAGUCAAUCCACACCGAUGGCGUUCGUGCUGGUGUUAUGUCCUCGUUCGGCUUCGGUCAAGUGGGCGGUAUUGCUCUUAUCGUCCAUCCCCGCUACCUCUUUGGCUCUUUGGAACCUUCCGUCUACGAGUCUUACAGGGCACGCAACCUUGCUCGUGCCCAAGGCGCUUACAAGGUCAUGACCGAGAUGAUGACUUCCAACUCUCUCGUCCGGAUCAAGGAAGGACCUCCUUACACGCCAGAGCUUGAGCAGGCCGUCCUGAUGAACCCUAUGGCUAGGGCGAGCUUCGACCCCAAGACUCGCACAUACCGUUACACGGCGGAGCUCAACAAGCAGAUCCCGACUGACAUCGCUAAUGGGAAGAUUGUGUCCGAAGCCUUCGUUUCCUCUGGAACUCCCGCCGGCGUGGGUGUGGACCAAGUUCCGAGCUGGAACCCAACUUUCGUGUCCCGCAACUUCACUGAUGCCGAAAUUGCUUACUGCCGAUCCCAGCCAUCUCCUCCUUCCUCCUUCGCCGCUCGCUGGGUUGGAAAGGAAGCUGUGUUCAAAUCUUUGGGUGUCUCCUCAAAGGGUGCCGGAGCUGCGAUGAAGGACAUCGAGAUUCUUCCUAACGAGUCCGGCGUGCCGACGGUUUCCUUGCACGGCGAAGCCCAAGCUGCCGCUCAAUCAAAGGGCAUCAAGCAGGUUUUGAUUUCUUUGAGCCAUUCUGAGACUGUUGCCAUUGCAUUCGCUCAAGCAUCCUCAUGA